GGUUCUCCGCCUGCAGGCGAUUAAGUAUUUAAUUACAAGAACUACAACUAGGCGUCUACGUAUAUUCUCACUAGGGCAUAUUCUCACUCCAAGUGCCGAUGCCAGCUCCGGCCACGUUUUCGGUUUCGGUUUCGGUGUCUCUGUCGGUCCCGGUCUCGGUUUUGUUUUCUAACUAUCUUUGAUUUUCACUUGCACUUUGCGUUUUCCCUUAACUGUGGUUUUCCGUUAUUCCGCAUAAUUACCUAAUCCUCCACAACGCUCGGUCAUACACUCGCGAGUUGUUAACCUUGAAAAGAUUAAUGAGUCAGUGGAUUCAUUACAAAAACUCUGAAAAAAGUCAUAAAUAAAUAAGACAAACUCAAGUGAAACAAAAGCACAGAAAAUGCAUAGAAAACUAUGUAGGCGGUGCGGACGUACGAGAACAAUCUUGAAAUAAAAUAAAAAGUAUCAAAGGCAAGGAAGCACCAAAGAAAAAGGAUUUCAAACGAAACAAAGCACGCUACAUGAAGGUGGUUGUUGUAGGCGUUGAGCGGCCGAAAAAAUUGCUGCAUGGGAUCCGGUUCGCCUAUUGUUUACACAGCAGCAUCAACACUAGUGGACCGACAAUUGAAUAUGCGGGCAAAAAUAAGCAAUAAAUGAAAUACUAACCAGAGAAAAAUCACACAAAGCAUAAACUCUAAAAUCAGCAGCAAAAGCAAUAAGAACAACAAGGAAAAAGAACAAAAAAGCAUUCACAAAACUCGACAACUCCUGACAGCAACCAGAGAAUUAUUGUGGCAAACUUUCUAGUACUCAAGAAAGCAAAAAAGUGAAGAAUACUGUGGGAGAGAAGAAGGGGAAGACGCAGAACGUGCAGGUCACUUUGCAUAAAUCGCUUAUAAACCUCUCGACGUUCAGCACACACGCGCAUGCACACACACACACAUACACACAAAUUUAAACGAAAACGAAUAAAUCCAGCAGCUGAGUGGAGAAAAAUGGAAUAAUAAGAACAACAAGAAAAAACAACAACAACGAUAACACCAAAUCAGCAGUAACAGAGUUCAAUAACCAGCAACAAUCAAAACGAAAAGCAAUAAUAAUCUUAAACAAAUGUAAAUAUUUAAGGUAACAGCAACGGCAUCGGUAACGGUAAAAAGAGCGAAGGCCAACAAUAACAACAUAUAAGCCACAACAGCUUAAUGUUUAUACACAUACAUACAUACAUACAUCCCAACAUAAAUGCAAACUUCACAGCACUAAGUAAUUGAAUCAAUCAGGAAAGAAAUCAAGGAUGCAGGGGAAUAAAAAGCAAAUUUUUGAUUUUCCAACGUCAACAACAGAGCUCUGAAUUAAGAUUUUGAGAUUUACAUUUCAGAUACAGAUUUCAUAAGCAAAUACGCAAUUAUACUAAACUGAAAAGCUGCAGGCUAUAAAAGCAAAGCAAAGCAAAGCAAAACCGAAAAGCGAUGCAAGAGUGAUUUGAUUUCGGAUUGUAGCAAUUAUUCGCCUUUUGAAAAGCUUCGUCAUUCCAAUUGCAUAACUGAAAAUAGUAGAAUUAUAUUGAGGCUAAGCAAAUAGAUUAUUGGGAAAUCUUAUUUGUCGAAAGUCACCACUCAAACAAUUCCCUAUCCGUAUGCCAAGUAUAAUGUGGAGUACAAUAUCGCCGACAAAUUCCAAGAAACUACUGAUUGACAGGACCCGAAGCGUCGACUAUGUCGGAAACUCACCAUCAGCAGCAACAGCAACUACAACAGCAUCAUCACCAGCAUCAUCAACAGCAAAAGGAGCACCAACAAAAGCAACAGCAACAACGCAAUCGACCAAAAUCUCAAUCGCAAUGGAAAUUCACAUACAAAAUAAGUGCAUCUCAGCAUAG